CUCAUCGCACCAUUCUUAGUCAUGAGCUCCCCCAAAAAGACCGUGCUUAUCACCGGCAGCACGCGUGGCAUCGGACUCGCCUUCACCGAGCACUACUCCCGGGCUGGCUGGAACGUCAUCGGUACAGCACGCGCAAGCAGCAACACAGAAAAGUUGAAGGCGCUUGUCCCCUUUAAGAUUGUCACUAUGGACACGAACGACGAAGCUACCAUCCUCGAGGCAGCUCGUCAGCUGGAGGGCCAACCUAUCGAUCUGCUCAUUAAUAACGCCGGCAUUGGCCUUCCGGGCCAUCUCAUGUCCACCACUAAGGAUACAUUCAUCCGUCAGUUCGAGGUCAACACUAUCGGACCGUUCCUCGUGACGCGCUCGCUUUUACCCAACCUACAGCUUGCGUCAAACACCCACGGUGCUGCCUAUGUUGCGCAGUUAUCCUCCUUCGUGGGCAGUAUCGGCAGCAUCACGAGCGAAACUGCGGCUAUGUUCAAGGAUGCCCUGUACGGGUACGGAUCUUCCAAGGCAACCCUCAAUAUGAUCACACGCGCUCUGGCGGUUGAGCUGAGCGCCAGCAACAUCGUGGUCGUGUCUGUGCACCCUGGAUACGUGGACACGGAUAUGACGCAGGGCAAGGCAACACUAAAAGCUGCCGACAGUAUAGCGGCCAUGACCAGUUUCAUCUCCAAGUUGAGCUCUGAAAGCACGGGCAAGUUCUUCAACUUGGAUCCGCAAAUUCCUGUGGCGGAGCUUCCGUGGUAACUUACAUGAACCACAUACAUGUACCACUACGCCGUAGUCUAAGGACUCCAAGACCUCAAAUCCAAGUGGGAGUGGUUCGAAAGUUUUGCAUGUUUCACCAGCCAAU